UCCAAAAAACAAAACAAAGGCAGGUAGCGACUGUCAAGGAAUAGACCAAAAAGUCCAUGACCUUAGGCGACUGGCUUGCAGGGCGGACGGGACGUAUACAGUCAUCGAAUGAUAUCAAGAGUCGUGAAGCCUAACACUCAAGUCGACGAUAACAUCGUUUAUCACGGAUCUCAGACGGUGUGGAUUAUAGCUAUCAUGAAGUGACCUAGAACUCAUUUUCAGUCAUCGGCGUUUUAUAGGCAUCGUAUUGGUUUAUCAAGCAGGGCUUUGGUCGUGGGCUGGAUCGGAAGCAAGCGGGGAGGCUAUAUACCCUAUGAGAAAUUACUGAAUAUGAACAUAAUCUCUAUAAGCAAACGGGUCGCACUGAUAUGUUUUUAUAGUUACUAGAUCCUUUCGAUUCUGGGCUCAGUUCAACCAAACAAGCUGAGACAAGCAAGCAGGGUAUCGGCUAGUGGAAGUUCUUUAUUUCAUACCGCAAUGGUAUUGGGUACAACAUGUACAAGCCUUAAUUUCAUCACCCUCUUCACCUUAGGGGGACUAAUCAGCUUGAACACAAGCCACAGGUUCUAUGAGUUGCAUCGAGAUUCAGUGAGAAGCAAGUUGGACGGAUUAUUAUUCGACCCAGGUUAUCAAGGUCAUGAAGUCAAAUCGAUUACACCCAAACGUGACCGGAGGUCCAUCGAUCCUACGAAAACCCAACAUACCUUCCAAGCCUUCAAGAAAGACUUUGAACUAUCACUCCAGCCAGCAGAAGACGUCGUUUCGCCCCAGCUAGUGCUCAUGCGCAGAAGACCUGGUGACGUAUGGACAAAAGAGCUGUACACUCCCGAGGGCACGUUCCUACAAGGUCACGUGACACAAGAUCCGCGAUCCCAUGUGGCUGUGCGGGAACUGGGCUCAAACCAGCUGAGCGGCGCCAUUAUAAGCGGUGGUCACGAGUACAAGAUCGAGCCUGUGCCUCAUCACAUCAGACGUAAAAUGGACCUGGAAGGGCACGGACAUCACGUGAUCAGCAGAAGAAGCUUGCGCUCCAAAAGGUCCCACGCGGAACCCUUCAAAGAUCAUGAAGUGUCCAUCAGUAAGUCCGCAUCACGACGGCGGCGGGAUCUUCGUGAGACCAAAUAUAUCGAGGCCAUGAUCACGAUGGAUAAACCAACUACAGAUUUCUAUGGCGACAAAAGUAUGGACUACGUUCUGGCGAUAGCUAAUAUGGCGAAUCGAUUGUACGCAGACAAAUCUGUUGGGUUCCCUCUUGUGUUCUGCUUGACCAAAGUCUUCCUUAUCGAGUCAAAUCUGCCUGCGCUUGAUAUCGUGAAGAACAAGAUCGACUCAGCCUCCCGAUACUUGCACGUGUUCAGCAAAUGGUUCCAGACGGUCAACACUCCGGAAGGGUCUGCGGAGCACUUUGAUAAUGCCGUAAUGCUUACGAGAGAAACAUGCGGAAUAAAUAAAUGUACAUUGGAUGGUCUCGCAUACUUCGGCUCGCCCUGCAGUAGCAGCUUAGGAGCAAGUGUCAACGACGCUUACGGACUGGCUACUGCGUUUUCUGUCGCUCACGAGGUGGCUCACAACUUUGGUGUCGACCACGACUUCGGCACAUGCUCUAAUGGCCAUAUCAUGAGCGCUGGCCAAUCAACGGGCGCUACUGCCUUCAAGUGGUCUGCUUGCAGUAGGAAAACCCUGAUGGAAGUAUUCAGUCGUGUUAAGUGUUACGAUAACCGGCCUCCUACUAACAUCACUCUACCCAGUCUUCCGCCGGGACACGAAUUCGAUGGGGACGAGCAGUGCAGGAUUGUGUAUGGCCAGGAGUACAAACUCUGCUCUGUAACCACGGGUAACUGCGGCACGCUGUUCUGUAUGCGCGGCAGCUCGUGUGUCAACACGCGUGGAAUGCCCCCUGUGGAUGGGACGCCAUGUGGACACCGAAAGUGGUGUAUUAGCGGUCACUGCGAAGAUGUUGGUGACAGCUACCCCAUGGCCGUGGAUGGUGCCUGGGGGGCCUGGGGAGAUUACAGCACGUGUUCCAGGACAUGCGGAGGCGGAGUGCGACAUCGAUCAAGACGCUGCGAUAACCCCAAGCCACAAUAUGGAGGUAAAGACUGCCCAGGAUCGCCAAAGGGGAAGUGGCGAAUCUGCAAUGCACAGGACUGUCCACCAGGGACUGAAUCGUACAGAAAAACUCAGUGUGUUGCGAUUAACUCAGUAUAUACCAACUACUACAACACUCCUGACCGCUGUUCCCUGUGGUGUCGAGAGGGCUCGUCGGCUGUUCGCGAGGGUCAAGUGGCUGAUGGGACACGUUACGACGAGGACGACCCUGACAUCCGGGACAUCUGUAUUGCGGGCGAGCGAGUGGCUGUCGGAUGUGAUGAUUUGAUUGGUUCCGGGAGCAUAAAGGAUAGAUGCGGCAGGUGUCUCGGAAAUGGCUCGUCUUGUGUCCACAAGGAAGCCAAGUUUACAAAACCGUGGUGGCACUUUGGUCCAGGUAACGCAUUGCCGAUGAUGACUUUACCUGUAGGAACUGCUAACUGCUUGAUAUCAGAAGACAGAGCUACCAUGAAUCUCGUCAAUCUAAAGCUGUAUCCUGCAGAAAACAAUUCUCUGAUUUUUCCUGACCGACCGCUGACGUCUACCCGUUUUGCGGCGGGCUCCUUGAUCCGGUAUAAGAUCGGUAUUCUUUUGUACGCUGAGGAGAUGUUCAUCCGAGGACCCACCACAGCUAAGCUCGUACCCAUGUAUGUCUACAUACGUGGAGGAAAUGUUGGCUACACUAUCAAAUACUUUGCACCCGGACAAGCCAACGAAACGGCAUUCCUCUGGAAGGUUGUGAACAGCAGUCAAUGCAAUGAACCAUGCGCUGGAGGAUUUCAGCGUCGGGCGGUGACAUGCCACAGAGAAGAUGACGAUUCAGAGGUUAGCCAAGUCCACUGUGACCAGGGACCCAGCAAGCCCGAUGGAAUUGUGACGUGUAACACACAGCCCUGCCCACCAUUCUGGGAACCACAGUCAUGGCGUAUCUGCUCUCAGGGAUGCGGUCCUGGUGGGACUCACUCGCGGGAUAUACUCUGCAAACAGAAACUCACGCAAAAUAAUACUACAACUGUGGACGAGAGCUUUUGUAACGCAACUAUAAAACCACCGUCGACAAAGACCUGUAACGUGGUAGAUUGUGGGCCGGGUUGGGAAAAAGGAGAAUGGUCUGUGUGCGCCGGCGUCCCAGGGCAACAGGGAACUUCAACUCGCUCAGUUGAGUGUCGCAACAGAAUGGCAAAUGGGAGUUUCCCUCUUCUUGAUGAAGAGGAAUGUCUUCGUUUCUCUCCCAAGAUCCCAGACAGAACGAAGAACUGUACAGUUGAUGAAGCAGUACCUGGGAAGCCCUAUGGGAUCGAUGUCACCUUUGACGACGAGAUUUAUUUCGUCACCUGGAAAACGCCCAUUGAUACAAACGGAGUGAUCCUUGGAUAUAAGGUAUAUUUUGAAUUGAAUGACUUGAAUGAGGAGCUGGAAAACACGAUUAUUGAGACAGAGGGGAAUCAGACAUCGCUUGAUGUUCCUCUCUCGAGUCUGUUCGGUGAUAAAUCCUACUUGGUAGGAGUUGCCGCCAGGACAAGUAAAGGUUACGGAGAGAAGAGCACAGACAAUAAGAUCGUUGAAACACCCGCUAAAGCGCCGGUGAUCUCGGGCACGCCUGCUCCUGAUAUCGCAAAAGGAGACUCGACGGCUGAGAUCAAAAUUCCAGUCUUCUCCAACGUCAAUGGACCUGUCAAAUAUUUCUACGUGGUUAACGUGAUUUACCCACCUGGUUCAAAGGUUGCCCCUGGUGAUAAUCCUGCGAGUGUACAGUCAUCGGAGUUCGUCAGUUACUGUGAGGCUCACAGGUCAGCGGUACCGGUAGCCUACCUCGCUUUCAAGUUCAACGCAAGCGAGUACAAGAAAUACGAGACAUUUACCCUGGGGGGAGGCGAGGGGACGAAAUGUGAUAGAAUGAGGCGAAACCAGGAGGAGGUUGAGUACUACAACGGGCCUCUGCAGCCGAACAUCGAGUACAAGCCUUUCGUCAGGGGGUACACUAGCGAGAACAAGUACGCUCAGGUUGAUUAUGAUAAGUUCCAAGUGUCAGGGCCUCCUAGCGUCAACGCACGAAAGGGUCAUUCCGGUAAAAGUGCGAUCAUCAUUGGCUCAGUUAUUGCCGGUGUUGUGCUUCUAAUCGUGGUUGUUGUUGUUGUCGUAUGGAGAUUACGUAAAAGAGGAUCAUGGAAUGCUGUCCCAAGUAACAAAAAAACAAAUGGGGAUGAUCUGUAUCCUCUCAGCCCCGUCAAAACGUGAUGACCUGUCAAAUCGUGAUGACCUGUCAAAGUGUGAUGACCUGUCAAAUCGUGAUGACCUGUCAAAACGUUAUGACCUGUCAAAUCGUGAUGACCUGUCAAAGCAUUUCCUUUUAGUCGCCGAAAUCAGUGCUAUCACGUAAAAAGGUUGAGACCCUUAGCUUAAAAAGCUAAAGAUAAUUUUUCGUAAUUUGCCCAAUAUGCAAGAACACGAUGAUUUCGCAAAGAAUUGAUUAGAUGUAAUAUGAAUUACAAUUGUAUAUUAUUUUUGGCGAAGUCGGAUCAAUAAUUAAUACUAAGAUUAGACAGGUUCGUUAAAAAAGGUCUGAAUGCUGGCAACUUUGAUUCUCCACUUCCGUCUUCCCGGUGCGGGUUUUUACAGAACCAGUUCCCGUUCCUGGAAUCUAAAAUCCUGUUUAAAAUAACUCAAAACCCGUUCCCCUUUCUGAAACAAGGCUAAUCUCGGCUCCCGUACUCUUCAAGACCUGAUAGAAGACGCUAGUCAGCAACAGUGUUAACCGGGCGUGGCUUAGAGACGCAGGCCUUUUUACGAUAUAUCCGUUUUACAUUGUGUUUUAUUGGCCCAUGAUUUGUUAGCGACAAUAUAGUCCCUUGGUUAAUAAGUUAAAAAGGUCAUUGAUGCGCCAUGAUUAUUGUAUGUAAAUACCGAUAUGGUUAGGGUUAGUUUUUUUUAGUUUUUAUGAUUUUAUUUAUACAAGACGCAUUUUUAAUUAUUAUGUUGAACAAUAUUUAAAUUAAUAACAGUAGUUAGAAAAUAAAAACAAUCUUUCGCUACAAAUAAGGUACAUUUUUUAUUUUUAUCUAGGGUUAACAGGGUGUACAAGGUUUUUCCGAUAUAUCAAUAAGAGUAAUUGUUAGAUAUGAAGAACACGCCAAGCUUUAUCUGUUACUUCCAAUAAACUGUAAGUUUUAAGAUACUUCAA